GUUUUAGGCUGGGUUUCUGUACAGCACUUUGAGAUAUCAGCUGAUGUACGAAGGGCUAUAUAAAUUUAUUUUAUUUGAUUUGAUGUUGUUGAGUGAAGACUCACCCCUCCUGAGAGGGGUCCCUGAAUGCCUAUGGGCAAGGGUCAAGUAUGAUUUUGGAAGAAUAAAGGGAGCUGAGCCAAUGGUAGUCACUCCUAAAGAUACCAGGUGCCCAUCUAGGGCACAGUAUCCACUCAGUAGGGAGGCAAUAGCAGGUAUUACUCCUGUUCAUGCAUCCUUGUUAGCUAAUGGUGCUUUAAUUCCCUGUCCAGAAUCACCCUAAAACACCCCUAUCUUGCCUGUUAGAAAACCUUCCGGUGAUUGGAGAUUGGUCCAGGACUUAAGGCCUGUGAACGAUGCAGUUUUUGCCUGUGCCCCGGUGGUUCCUAAUGUUACUACACUGUUGGGGGCGGUACCACCCACAGCAGAGUGGUUCUCUGUGAUUGAUUUGACAAAUGCAUUUUUCAGUAUUCCAGUGGCGCCAGAAUCUCAGUUCUGGUUUGCUUUCACGUUUCUAGGAAAGCGAUUUAUUUGGACUGUGGCUCCAAUGGGUUACGUGGAAUCCCUGCUAUUUUUUCAGCGGCUUUAGCACAAAAUCUGGAGGGUUUUAUACCCCCUGAGGGCAGCACUCUGAUUCAGUAUGUGGAUGAUUUGUUGAUGUGCUCCAGCUCAAUGGAAACUUGUGAAACUGAUACUCGGGCUCUGUUGAUAUUUCUCGCAGAGAAUGGCCACAAAGUUUCAAAGAAGCUACAGACAGUGACAACCUUUUUACAGUUGGUUUCACAAACAGUGAGGUAUUCGGGUUAUGACAUCUCUCCCAAUGGCAGGCAGCUGGGUAAAGAGUGGAUACAGGCUAUUCUCCCUGUCCCACAGCUGGUUACUAAACGACACAUUAUGUCAUUGACUGGUAUGGCAGGGUAUUGUAGGGCGUGGUUACCUGACUAUGCUGAGGUGGUGCAGCCGCUUGCUGACCUUAUUUAUGGCCACAAAAUGGCUAUGAUUGUCAAAAUUAAGUGGACACCAGAGGGACUGACUGCUCUGACCAGACUGAACCAACUCAUGACUACUUCUCCCUGUUUGGGGCUCGCUGACCAUUCUAAACCUUUUAACCUCUUUGUUUGUGAGAAAAAUGGUUUUAUGUCAUCUGUUUUAACACAGGAACAUGGAGGAAAGCAGCGCCCAGUUGGGUAUUAUUCCAAACAGCUGGACAGUGUGGCCAGAGGUCUGGUUUGUUGUUUGAGAGCUGUGGUUGCUGCCACUGAAGCUGUGUUGACUUGUGCAGACAUUGUUGCCAUUUGUGAACUCACUGAACACGUUCCUCAUGCUGUACAUGCUCUUAUUUCACAGGCAAAGACGGCCCAUCUAACACCAGCUCGACUGCUCCAUUAUCAGAAUGUUCUUCUGACAAUGUGUCAUGUGACCCUGAAGAGGUGCACAGUGUUAAAUCCUGCUACUUUGUUGCCCACAGAGGAUGAUGGAGAGCCACACGACUGUGCUGAAAUGUUGGAGCUUGUCUCUAAACCAAGGUCAGAUUUAACUGAUGUCCCUUUGCAAAAUGCACAUUUGGAACUGUUUGUAGAUGGCUCUGCUCAGCGUUCUGAGAAAGGAGAACCGUUGGUUGCGUAUGCGGUUACUACUGCCUCAACCACACUGGAAAGUGCUAAAUUACCCUCCCACCUUUCUGCUCAAGCAGCAGAACUCUUUGCACUCACCAGAGCUUGCAUAUUAGCUAGAGGCCAGUCUGCGACUAUCUAUACAGAUAGCAGAUAUGCCUUUGGUGUGGUACAUGAUUUUGGUACUCUGUGGAAACAGCGCGGCUUCCUGACCUCCUCUGGGUGAAAGCGGCUCUACCCCAGCCACUUGUGGGGAUCCUGCACAAACUGCAACUAGGUGACUGGGUGGUGGUGAAAGACCUGAGACGAAAGCAUUGGAACCAGCAGAGGUGGACCAUACCAGAUGAUGCUGAUUACCCCCACUGCUGUUCGCGUAGGUGAGAGGUCUACUUGGAUCCACGCCAACCACUGCAGGAAGGUGCCAUACUUCCCACCAGACCCUGAGGAUGGAGGACCAGAGACGCCGGAAGUCACAGACUAAAUGGCCAUGGGAGGAUCAGGCCCAGACUCUACACAUCAUGUUUCUUGCUCUGGUCUUGAGCCUUCUCAUUACAGUUGCCAUAUGGACAGUGACUCAAGGACAACCGGUCCUGGAAAGACAACAUGAUACGGACUCGACUGAUAACCGUUCAGUCCCACUGCGGGACUUAAAUAACAGCCACUCCAGCUCGAGCAGGCUCAGGACAGGAGUCCAGCAAACAAUAGCCGCUCCCAUAUCGAAAGAAGAAGAAGGUCGAUACAUCCACUGGAUUAGUAUCACAGUAGGAAUCACGAGGGAAACACUUGGUGGUCACUGCUUAACUGUACAGUAAAGACUGAACUGAUGUUAGGAAAUACCUCCUGUUAUGUAUGUAGCUUGUUUCCACAUUCAGCGAUCUCCCCAUUCUUACAGUAUUCAAUAGAGGUCAGCCUUAAUGACACUCUAUGUGCACUAGAAGUGCUCUUGUCCAAUGAGAACACAGGGGGUCAACCCUCACUAGGUAGAACACUGAGGGAUAAAUGCAUUAAUGGCAAUUUGUUAUCAACAAAAGAUUUACGGUGGGAAUUGAUCGUUCACAUUGGUGUAGUAGAAUCAUCUUAGAACCUAGAUCCCGUGUACCAGAACCUAUUCAAGUCCAACCCCGGUGAACCCCAUUUAGGACCUGUCAUUGUCAUAACCCAAGCAAUAUUUCCAUACCACAAUUUAAUGAAUCCUAUCUGGGAAUGUCAACAUGUGUCAAUUAUAGUGUUUUCCCAAUAAGAUGUAGCUGGAAGAAGGGAACAUGCAGCUCUGGAUACCCCAUUAGACUGAGGGUGGGACACACCAUUAUUGAUGCCGAAACUGACGAUUGUUCUCCUCAUCAAUUUGGCUCGGCAACAUUUACUGAUCAUUAUUGGAUUUGUGGUGAUAAAGCUAAUCUCUACCUACCCACAAAUUGGACAGGGUGCUGUAUUUUUGGUAAACUAAACAUAUCCCUUGUGGUAAUGCAUAAAACUAAAUCCUCUAUUCCAAUCAGGUUAAGACUAAUUAACUUAAGAGGGACAUCUCGCAAUCCAAUAAUGUCCCCAGUGACUCUCGACGAUCCUCGAAAUUUAAAAAGUUCUGGCGUGGUUUAAUCCCCUGGUGUGGGGCAUUGGAGAAUGCACGUGAGUUGGAUAGGCUAGGAUAUCAUUUGGAAUCCCUGGUAAAUUUGACCACUGCAGGGUUUUCUAUGAUAAGACGAAAGUUACAAGCCACUCAACUCAUGGCAACACAAAAUAGGGUGGCACUUGACAUGUUGCUAGCACGUGAAGGAGGGGUGUGUCAAAUUAUAGGAGAUCACUGUUGUACAUUCAUACCCCAGGGAGAUGACAAUUUGGAACAUUUGAAAGAGCUUAGUGGUGUUCUCGAAAGGGAACACCAGCCUGACAUCAACUGUAAUCCGUUAGGAUGGGUUCAGUCAGUGUUUGGUGCUUGGACUGCGACCAUUUUCCACUGGUUCAUCUAUGGUCUAAUAUUACUGAUUGCUUUGUUGCUAAUUAUCAUUUGUGUGAAGAAAUUGUUUAAUAAAGUGGUUGAUGUUGUUCUUACUAUGCCCUUGCUUGCAAAUGAAGUAGGUGUAGAUAAAGAAUCUGAGAUUGAUGGACGACAAUCAGGUGAACACAGUGAAAUAUUCUCACUGGACAGUGUAGAUAGAGGGGGUUCACUGUAUAUGAAUGAUUUCCCUGACCUAAUUCCUUAUUCCUAGCUAAAUCUCUGAUAGUGGGGAACCCAAUUCUAAGCAUGAGGACUUAGAGAGAUGAC